AAAGCACAAUGCUUCACGCAAACUGAGUUUGUAUUGGCUCGCAGGGGUUCUAUUCUUCACACAAACAGCCCCACAGUGCAACUGUCUGCUUCUGGAUUGUUAACCAUGUCAGUGAUUGCUCUUUUCACGGCGGCGACGAAGCUCGCCGGAGUCCUAGUAACGGUCACUGUUGCCGCCAAUGCCUUUUCCUACUCUGUCUACCGGAAGAAGAACCUCAAGCAAUUUCGCUCUCCCAUAGACGACUCCGCCGAUGUUCUUGCUCACUUCAAUGUCAAUCCCUCUGAAGGGGAGAAAGGAUUCUUUUUUGGAUUGGCUACAGCACCUGCACAUGUUGAAGACAGGCUCGAUGAUGCUUGGCUCCAGUUUGCCGAAAAUACUUCCUGCGACCGGUCAGAAUCACAUGAACACUCGCACCCUCAACCAGCAGAUGCUAUUAUGGCCUCUGCUACAGGUGAUGGUGGAUCCCAGCAAGCCCCCUUAACUCAGAGAGAAGCUAACAAGACAAUAAAGAGGAAAAAGUCCCUUAAGAUAGCCAUCGAGGCACAAAUAAGAGGAUUUGAGAAGUACGUAGAAGUGGAAGAGCCAACUCCAACUGAGCAGUGUGAUCAUAAUGUUGCUGCCUGGCAUAACGUCCCACACCCGGAGGAAAGGCUAAGGUUUUGGUCUGAUCCUGACACUGAAUUGAAAUUAGCUAAAGAUACUGGUGUUCAAGUCUUUCGAAUGGGAGUAGAUUGGUCCAGGAUCAUGCCUGAAGAGCCACUCAGUGGAUUGAAAGAAACUGUCAAUUUUGCGGCAUUGGAGCGAUAUAAAUGGAUCAUUAAUAGGGUCCGAUCCUAUGGGAUGAAGGUCAUGCUGACAUUGUUUCAUCACUCUCUACCACCGUGGGCAGGAGAAUAUGGGGGAUGGAAAUUGGAAAAGACAGUUGACUAUUUCAUGGAAUUUACCAGGCUUGUUGUUGACUCUGUUGCAGAUAUAGUGGACUAUUGGGUCACUUUUAACGAGCCUCAUGUCUUUUGUAUGCUCACUUACUGUGCUGGUGCCUGGCCUGGUGGUAAUCCUGAUAUGCUGGAGGUUGCUACUUCUGCUUUACCUACUGGUGUCUUCAAUCAGGCCAUGAACUGGAUAGCAAUUGCGCAUUCAAAGGCAUACGAUUAUAUCCAUGAAAAGAGCAAACCAGCGAAUGCCAUUGUUGGAGUAGCUCACCAUGUCUCAUUUAUGCGUCCAUAUGGACUAUUUGACAUCGCUGCCGUCUCACUUGCCAAUUCUUUGACUCUUUUUGCUUUUCUGGAUAGUAUUUCCGACAAGAUGGAUUACAUUGGAAUUAAUUACUAUGGACAGGAAGUCAUUUGUGGUGCAGGAUUGAAACUAGUGGAGACAGAUGAGUACAGUGAAUCUGGGCGUGGAGUCUAUCCUGAUGGCUUGUUCCGUGUGUUGCUCCAGUUUAAUGAAAAAUACAAACAUCUUAAUCUUCCCUUUGUAAUCACUGAAAAUGGUGUUUCUGAUGAAACGGACUUGAUUAGAAAACCAUACUUGUUGGAACAUCUGCUUGCAACUUACGCAGCCAUGAUAAUGGGUGUUCGUGUGCUUGGGUACUUGUUUUGGACUAUCUCUGAUAACUGGGAAUGGGCGGAUGGGUAUGGUCCUAAGUUUGGACUUGUAGCAGUUGAUCGUGCCAAUAAUCUUGCUCGGAUUCCACGUCCUUCAUACAAUUUGUUUUCAAAGAUUGUAGCAUCUGGAAAAAUAAUGCGGGAAGACAGGGAACGUGUGUGGGGUGAGCUCCAAACCGCCACUAACGAGGGAAAAAAGAGACCGUUCUAUCGAUCGGUGAAUAAAUAUGGCUUAAUGUAUGCAGGAGGCCUUGACGAGCCCUUAUGGCGACCUUAUGUAAAAAGAGAUUGGCGGUUUGGGCACUAUAAGAUGCAAGGUUUGCAGGAUCCGUUGAGCCGUUUUGCACGAUGUCUUCUGCAUCCUUUCUCACUCAAAAAGAAGGCAGAGACUGAGAGAGAGAGUGGUACAUUGACUCGUGAGCCUCUCUUGGCAAAUAUCUAGUUACUACUGCAUCAGAUUGUUUAAAAAAUUCUCCUUGAGAAUCCUUAACUGGAUGCUAUAGUAAGGUAUGCCUGUCAGCAAUGGCCCUGCCUUUGUUCCCUCAUGGAUGAAUAGUAUUUUUCCAUUGAACGCUUUUUUUCCCUGAUGUGGUGAUUAGGAGAUAAAUAAGAUCAUGCAGAAUGCUAUUAUUUCUGUAGUAUAUUUUAGUGCUAUGUAUAAUUAGUUUCUUAUUAAGCUUCUGUUAAUAUUUGUUUACUAAGGAAUCUAAAUUUAGAUGGAGGGUAUUGUUCUAUAUCUAGGGUUUUGUGAA